CCCACCCCACCAAGGCAGAGGCUGAGCCGCAAAGGUGGCCCAGGCAGUCGGCAGAGGCAGCCAUGGAGAAGAAUCCAUACAGCCUAGCUAAGGUGGGCCUGGAGAAUAAUUCCAUCCUGCGCCCACAACGGGACUGCGGCUUCUACGCCAAGUAUGUCUUCCUCUUCCUCUCCCUCAUCCAGUUCCUGAUUAUUUUGGGGCUGGUACUCUUCAUGGUCUAUGCCAACAACCACGCAGCUGCUGAAACACACCUGAAGGGGAUGACGAUCUGGGUGGAGGAGUGCCGUGUCAAGACAGGACUCCUCAGUAAGGAGAAGGACAAUCUCACUCACCUGCUCAACGCCAGCCGUGCAGAGAGCCGCCAGAUCCAGGGCCAGCUGAACCGACUCAACUUUACCAGCAAGCUCUGCACAGCAGAGAAGUUGAAGCUGCAAGGACAACUUCGGCAGACUGAGACCGUGUACCAGAACUUCCGGGAGUGCAGCAUGUUGGUGAAUAUCUUCAAUGCUACCUAUCCAGACAAAGUGAAUGCACUUCAAGCACAGCUGAAGGCAGAGGCUUUGAAAGCUGACCUGGAGCAGAAGAAGUUGGCCCAGGAGAACGAACGCCUGAAAGAAGAAAUUAAGAAAGUGGAGCAGAAGGAGACUGCCUGCCGGCGGGAGGUGCUCCAGGUCCGGACGCAGGUGCAGAAGGUUGGGGAGCUGGAGGCCAAGGUGAUGGGUGAGAUGCAGGCGGUCCGCCAGAACCUGAAGUCUGCGUUGGAGACGGCUCUGCCCGGCCAGCCCAUCUGGAUGUGCAACACAGAGGAGGUCAGAACCUUGCAGACGACGUGCCUCAAUCUGUCCAAACAGCUGGAUGGCUACAUGGCUGGCCUGGGGCAGCGCCUGGAAGACAGAAUCAACGCUGUGGGCAAAGAGAAUGCCUUGCUGCAGAAAGAAAAGUCAGCCUGCUCCCAAGACCUGCUGGAGCGGGACCACAAGCUCACAGCACAAGAGCAGCGCUCUGGACAGGAGAAGCAAGCCCUUCAGGCAGCCUGCAACACCCAGACCUCAAAAAUGUACGCAGAGCAGCACAAACUCAUCAGCGAGAAGGAAACCUUACGGCUGGAACUAGAGCGGACCAAACAGAAGUGCUGGAGUGUCCCUCCACCCAACCCAGCCAUAAGGCCUUUGGGAGUACCCGGAGCUUCAGGUGGCACAAACCCCAUUGCCAGCUCCCCUGGGAAUUUCAACCCUAACACCUUCAAUGCCAAUUGGAUGAGGACUGUUCAGCUUGCUCCAUCCAACGCUUUCAGUGACCCAGGGAACCUGGGGGUUCAGCGGAACUCUGCACCACUGGGGAAUACCGGCUCCCACAGAACUAACUUGGGCCACACCGGCUUCACCAGGCUCGAAGAGGGCAAGAAGGCUGUUGUGGCCAAUGGAACAUCCCCCCACCAGCCACUACUGAGGACCGUUGGACACUCCAGCGGUUAAUGGGGUCAACAGAGAAAUGGCGAUCAAAAAGAGCUUCUGGCCAAAUGGAUUGUGAAACAGUACAGAAAAGUCUGCAAGGGUCCGCAACAGGAAAAUCUCCACGCUGGGCAUGUGCUUCAAACUGGCAAGAGAGAAGAGGCGGCACUGGGCAACUCUCUUGAAUAGACGUGCCAGGCUGGCAUCUCCUGGUCCUGCCCGCUUUGCACGGGUGGCCUCCCCCCCCCCCCUCUGGCACAGUCCAUGUACAUAUGCGUUUCUCAAGGCAGCACCACUCUGUUUUGAUAGCCCCUGGCCUUUUGAAGGAUCCCCCCCCCCUCAUUGCCAGCAGACACAACAUGCACUGGGGGACAAACCCACAGGCUCACCUACCCUGCAGGGUUACUGGGAGGCUAGAACUGGGAUAUUCCCCUCCCCCCAUCAACAGCCCUGGAGAAAAGCCGCAAUAAAGCCUUGAGAAUAAUUUUUUUUAAAAAUCCUGUGGCUACAACGCACUCAGGAAUGAUGCCAAGACCUUGAGGGGAUGCUUUCAAAAUUUGGGGAAAUGUUUGAAGCCAGUUUGAGGCUGGCUUCUGUAAGAAAUUCCUGCUGCCACAUAUUUAAGACGCAAUAUAUUAUAAGACGCAAUAUAUUAUAUUUCAUGUACUCACUGACUGUAUAUGCAUGAUGUACACCUUUAGGUAGAUGUGUGUGUGUGUGUGUGUGUGUGUGUGUGUGAGAGAGAGAGAGAGAGAGAGAGAGAGAGUAAAAAAAAGACCAGGUAAAAGAACCUCUUAUUUGCUUCACCCUCCUUUCUCCUAAUACUUGGGGUCCACCACUCUUCAAAGGACCCGGAGUGCUGGGAAAGGCCUCCCACAGCCCAUCAGAAGAUGCAAGGUGGACCCAGGGUCAGGCUCUGGCUGUUUGCACACUGCUUACCGGCCAUGGAACAUCGCACCAAGCUCCCGGAACGACAGCGUCUUCCUGGCACGAGAACGCACAAAAUCGCGCCAGGAAGACGCUGUCGUUCCGGGAGUUCGGCACAAUGUUCCGUGGCCGAUAAGCAGUGUGAAAACAGCCUCUGUCUUGCUCUGCUUUGGGAGUUCUGGAGGCAUCUGACCUGCUACUGCUGGAGAGAGGAUACUGAAUCUGCUGCUCUUUAUCCUGAAUUGCAGUCAUCACCAUAAUAAGGAUACUUCCAUUUGCAAAUGUUGCCUUUGAAUUAUUAAGCAUGGAAAGGUGCGCUGUCAGACCUCAGGUAUUGAACCCAUGACCAAUAAAGACUCUAUGGAAACACG